AUUCUAAAACCGACGAAUCUCCUGAAGUUGCAUUCGAGUGAGAUCAAUAUCAAGAAGGCAUCCGUAGCACUUUCGGAUGGAUCUGCACUGGAAAACCUGCCCGUUCAUUACGAUAAGAAAUGGACGACCGUUACGUUGGAACUGCCCAAAGAAGUUAGUCCUCAGUCGGCGAAGCUCUCACUCGAAUUCGAUGGAACGUUAAACGAUAAAAUGCGAGGAUUCUAUCGAUCGAGUUAUAAGGACGCAAAAGGCAACGAGAAAUUCAUUGCGUCGACUCAAUUCGAGAGUACCUAUGCUCGAUUAUCAUUCCCGUGUUGGGAUGAACCAAUCUACAAGGCAACAUUCGAUAUCAGCUUAGUGGUUGACAAGAACCUGACGGCACUUUCGAAUAUGAAUGCCGUAAAAGAAACAGAUGAAGGCACCAAGAGGGUUGUGAAGUAUGCCACAACGCCACUGAUGUCCACAUAUUUAGUUGCGUUUGCCGUUGGAGACUUGGAGUAUAUUGAGAUGAAUGAAUUUGUUUGCUUUAAUUUAGAGAAAAACUUCAAAUGGAUGUCCGAUGCGAUUGUAUACAGUGCCUGGGAAGAAGGAACAGGGCAAGUUUGCCUUGGAACUGGCAACGAAAGCAAUUGA